AAUUGAUUAAAUUUUAAAACAUGGCCGUCUUUUUAUUGUUGGUGACCAUUCUAUUGUCCGUCUCUUCUGAGGCUAAAGACUUUGCCAUAACAUUCAAGAUAGGAGCGGGUCGGCAGGAAUGUUUUUACGAGCCUUUAAAGUCUGGGGUGUCAUUAGAAGUGGAGUAUCAGGUAAUAGAAGGUGGCGAGUUAGAUAUUACUUUCUAUUUAUUGAGUCCUAGUCAUGAAAUGCUUGUAAAGGAGGAAAGGAAGAUGGAUGGACUGCAUUCUUUUGAUGUCUCUGAAGAGGGAGACUAUAGCUUGUGUUUCGAUAAUAGUUUCAGUCACAUAUCAGACAAAACAAUCUUUAUGGAUGUUUUAAUGGACUCAAACUCAGUAGAAUAUGAAGAUUUUGGUGAUGACAUCAUGAUGGAUCCUGAGAGUACAGUGAAUGACAUGAAAGUACUAGAUAUUAGAAGGCUCCUUGCUAAUGUUACUGAUCAUUUAAAUAAGGUUGAGUUUUAUCAGCAGUUCUUCAGGGCACGGGAAGCACGCCAUCGUCACACUCUAGAGAGCAGCAACAGUCGAGUGUUGUGGUGGUCAUUGUUUUAUUGUGUCUUACUGAUAGUUGUUGGAGUAUCACAAGUAAUGGUACUGAGGAGUCUGUUUCGUAAUAAACGUCAAGAUAAGAUCACUACUUGAGUUGAGGAACUAAUGGCAGUCAAUUGGUGGUAGCAUUGGUUUUUUCUUUUUGUUUCAUUUCAUUAAUAUUAUUAUUUUUUCAUAUUUAAAAUAGCAAUAAUUAUUUUUUCAUUAAUUAUUAUUAAUAAUAAAAUUUUAAGGGUAACGCCCAUUUUCUGCAGUAAA